AUGGCACUCAGAGGAGUAUGGGUUAUGGUCCUCACUGACAUAGCUGUUGCAGAAACAUUUUGGCAAAUUUUUGGGCUCUCCCAGUAUUUUGUAAUACUUAAUUAUGGCACCCGUGUAGAUUUUAAUAUAAUCUGGCAUAUUCAUCUCUGCAGGCUUAUUGUUCAAUACCUUUUCUGUCCUAACAUAUCGUUUACUCUUGCCAGAGAUGAUAUUAUCUUCAAAGAUCCUCUCAAUAGUUUCACAGGCGUCAGUAAUUACAAAAGAAUAUUUUGGGCACUGCGGUUUACUGGCCAAAUUUUUUUCAAGGCAGCAUGGAUUGACAUUGUCAGCAUAUGGCAGCCUGUAGAGAAUGUAAUCAUGGUCCGAUGGAUUGUCAAUGGCAUCCCUAGAGUUCCGUGGGAGGGCAAUGGUCGCUUUGAUGGCACCUCAGAGUAUAAGUUGGAUAAAAAUGGAAAGAUCUAUGAACAUAAGGUGGACAAUAUUGCCAGGAAUUCACCAACAAAGUUCAAGGUAUUGCCGGUCGUAGAGUUCAUCAGAUCAAUUGGAUGCGCAUCCACCCCGAAACCAACAUAUUUUGAGGCAUCAUGUCUAUCUCUGAUUCAAGUGGCUUCAUUUUGGUUGAGUUUGACUUUGAUGAGGACGUACCCAAUGUCCCAAAUUUUGCCAGGAAUGCACUACACCUACUUACCAAUGAGUAGUACUUAA